UUUUUUUUGCAUACCUACGUGAGAGAACUGGAAGUUAUUGAAAUCUAGGAUUUGACAAACUUUCAUAGGGAAACAGCAAUGGCAGCUCAAUUACUUGGUGCAGCUGUUCUGGGGAAAUUCAUGGGGUAGCUGUUGGAUGCAGUGAUGGACGUGAAAGACAAAGUCCUCAUGUUUAAGUCCAACUUGGAGCGAAUGGAAUCAAUCAUUCCAAUUCUCAAAGACAUUGAAAAACUGAACGAAGCAUUGGAUGGUAGAACGGAAGAGACAUGUGGAUGGAAUUGUACAAGCUAGAUGAAGAAGCAUAUGCCGUUGCCAAAAUCCAGGAACUCUCUAACAUGAAUUUAGUUGAUCUUGUAGUCACAAGGAAUUAUCUAAGCAGCUGCUAUAAUCAUCACUUCGCUAUGCAGCAUGAUCUUCUAAGAAAGCUAGCUAUCCAUCAAAGUGACUUGGAACCACUGGAGCAGAGAAAAAGACAAGUUCUGGAGAUCUGUGCAAACAAUGUCCCUGACUGGUGGAUGGAACAGAAGCAGCCAAGCAUUAGUAGCCGCCUGUUGUCUAUCUCCACAGAUGAAAACUUCUCACCAAGUUGGUGCUCCAUGCAAGCUCCUGAAGUUGAGGUUAUGAUCCUUAAUUGUCGACCAUGAACCGUGGUUAUUUUGCUACAGAAUUUAGUAAUUUCUCACUUCUUACUUCUGUACCCAACUUGAAGAGAAUCAGAUUAGAGCAGGUUUCAA